CUCAUGAACGCCAAACCAAACACAUUGCCAUCACUUUGUUGUCACAGUUGUUCAGCUCAACUGACAGUCAUAUCACAGUCACUGCAGUGCUGGCAAUGUAUACCAUUGUAUGGUAUGGUGUGUCCAACAGUGUGUCCAACAGUCCAACACCACUGACCACUCGAGUCAUGGCAUCCAUUGAUGACUGAGUGAAGACAUGUCUGAAGUGAGCACAGAGUUGACGGGCAAUGGCUUGGGUGGGGGCAGUGGGGAGAGAGUGCAGCCGCAUAUGGUGGUCGUGGACUUCCCGCCCCUCCACACGGCCUCCGGGGGCCCACUCCUGACCACUACUGUGCCUCUGAGUGGCGCACAACUGCGCACUCAUGAGGAGGAGAUCUACGAAGACCUGUGUUAUGUGACACUGCGGUUGGGUCGGGACAGGGAUCGCGUGUUGGGAAGCAUUCCUCUCGAGCCCAUCGAGAAGAGGGACUAUUGUGUGAAAGAGUUGGUCGAGACGGAGAAGAACUACUGCGAGGCUCUCAAUAUGAUUGUCAACCAAUUCAUACAACCCUUAAGCAAACUGUUGAGGACUACGGACCGCAACACUAUCUUCCAGUCCAUCAAACACUUGUAUGACAUCCACAGCCGCUUCUACACCGACCUCUGCCAGUCAUGUCAGGCCUCGUCCUCCAUGUGCUCACCUGUCAGUGCGUCCAACGGGUCGGCCAACACGUGUCACACCAACGGAUCCACUAAUUGUCAUAACUUUAAGAUCAGUUCGAGUUUUAUUCAAUUCAAGGAUAAGUUCAUUAUAUACGGCGAGUACUGCGCGAACCUCCCGAAGGCUCAGACACUGGUGGAUAGCCUGUGCGGAAGGGACGACACGAUCGCACAGGCCGUCCACAAGUGCGAGAUGAAGGCCAACGACGGGAAGUUCAAACUGCGAGACCUGUUGUCGCUUCCGAUGCAACGAAUACUCAAAUACCACUUAUUGCUGUCACAACUCAUUAAGACCACAGUCGACACCCACGACGACUACCAGGGCCUCCAGAGGGCCCACCUGGCGAUGGUUGACUUGGGGCAGUACAUCAACGAAGUGAAGCGCGACUCAGAGACCCUCACCAUCAUCGCCGACAUCCAGGCCUCCAUCACCGACUUGGAUAUGCCCGACAAUACACAACUCCAACACUACGGACGCCUCCUCAAGGACGGGGAGCUCAAGAUCAGGGCUCACGACGAGACCCGACUCAAGACGCGCUACGUCUUUGUGUUCGACAAAGUGAUGCUAAUGUGUAAAUCGAUUCGAGGGGAACAGUACUCCUAUAAGGAGGCGCUCAUUCUCGCCGACUAUCAGAUCGAAGAGCAGUGCAUUUCGAGCACAAUCUCGAAGCUGACGAAGCAGUGGACGAAUGGCUGGAAUCUAGUGCACAGACAGCACAAGAAGACGUAUAUGUUUUACGCCAAAACAGAUGACAUGAAACACAAGUGGAUCGAAGCCAUCAACAAAGCGCUGGACAACGACUGUCCGCUGGCGUGUCGUGAGGGCUAUACUGACCACACGUUCGCGAUGUUUACGUUCCCGUCGAUCACCACAUGUGUUGGUUGUCAGCAACUCCUCAAAGGAGUCUUCUUUCAGGGCUAUCAGUGCACUGUAUGUCAUAUCGCAGUCCACAAGGAGUGCAUCACAUCCGUGCCCUCAUGUGGCGCACCAUCACUGCCUCCGCGCCCACCACUGCCGCCGUCGAGUCCGGGGCUGUCGUUGAACUCAUUCAACGAAGACGACACUCACAGUAAUGGCGGCGCCUCUGACGCCAACCUUCGCCUGUCGUACGAAAGCCCCACAUCUCUGGAUGUGUUUGGCGUUCACCAGCAAAGUCAGGAACAGGCCCUCAAUCUGGAGGACUACGACUGGUUCGCCGGUCCGCUCGACAGAGAGAGCGCACAGUCGACGCUCGAGAACAUGAGUAACGGCUCGUUUCUGGUGAGGAUAUCUCCGAAACAAAGGGGCAGUUAUGCCAUUAGUCUGAACUAUUCGGGUCAAGUGAAGCACAUGCGGGUGCAACAGACCAAUGAUCACCAGUACUACUAUCUGUCGGAAACGCGGUAUUUCAAGACUAUCACCGAUUUGGUGGUGUAUUACGAGGAGAACAGUUUGUGCGAGUCUUUCAACUUAGUCGAUACUAAUCUCAUGAUUCCCUACAAGAAGGCAUUGAGUGCCGAAGCCGUCGCCUACGCCAUAGCCCUCUACAGUUUCACCGGCAGUUCAGCCAAUCUGUUGGACCUGAGGAAAGGCGAUAGAGUAGCCAUACUGUCGAAGGCUGGGGAGAGUAAGGGCUGGUGGAAGGGACAGAUCAACGACAGGGUCGGCUACUUUCCAUUGGCUUACGUCACACAAACGCAGGACAUGUUAUGAUGUUUUCAUUCAUUCAUUCAUUCAUUCAUAUGAUGGUUGAAGUGAUUGAAGUGAGGAAAUGAAUGCCGACACCAAUGCCUUCACACCAUUCACAACAUCGCCUCAAUUGGUGUUCAAUAACACAACGAAUAGCACAACAAUUCAUGACUCAAAUACUGUACACAUUUUAAGG